AUGCCUAGCGACGAACAAUGUCGGUCUGCCCUCGAGGGCAUCCUGGACAACCUCGACAGCUUUCAUAACGCCGAGUAUAGCGCGUCCGCUACCAUGUUGACACUGUUGCCCACUAUAGGAUCCAUGCUUGGCGCCCCAUCCGCCGAUACGUGGUUGCUCUUGAAGCUGGUACCCUUUGCCGGAGUCUUUGGGCUCCUACUAUCCUACGGCAGCCCGAUACGCAUGGGCACAGGAGAUACGUACCAGGACUCCUUCACAAUUGUGGGCAAGGAUCAACAAGAUGGGGAGAAAGACAGCCUUUCCGGAGGUGAUUACAAAAAAGACGACCUUCCGGAACGCGUCUCCUCAGCCGUUCAGGCGAACCUAAUGGGAAAUAAGGCAAAACUACCGAUAAGCCAACUGGCCUGGAGUAUCCUUGUCAUGUUCCUCCUGUUCGCCGGUGCUAUGACAUCCAUGGUCGUUGUCGAACUGGCAACAAUCUAUGUCACAUGGUGUAGAAUGAAUUGGUGGUUUCAUUUAUGGUACAUUGCGCUUACUAUUGUGGCUUUCGCUGAAAGCUAUGUCAAUGUUCCCUUCCGGAACUACCUCACGAUCUACAUUACAGAGGAGGCGCCGACAGGGCUACCCGAAGUCCCACAUUCACCCCUUGGUGACACCAUGUCAGCGCAUUCGGUCAAGCAGACGCUUACCACUCUGCCUAAAGGCAAAAAGUACGGAUCUGCCUCGUACUUCAGCCGGGACAACCAUUCUAGAACCAUCGCGCUGGUGAUAUCAAAGACACACGGUGUAAAUGAGCCGGCGUGGGCGAAGAACUUGCGGCAGGGCGUACAGCUGUUCUUCAAGAUCGGCACGCUCACCAUUUUCGUGUUUGGCACGUCUGUCCUGGCUGCGGUGGUGCUGUUGGCACUGCCCAUGGCGCAGAUGGUUUUGACGCUGGUCGUAGGGUCUGGCGCCGUUGGACAGUUUUUGAUCCAGAAAAUGGCAGACACAGUCAAGAAGACCGGCAGCAGCAUCCACGUCAUUGCGGAUUCCGAUGAGGAAGCGGGAGCUAUAGUGAUGAGGCUGCUGGAUGACCAGGUCAAUGGGCCCAAGUCCUUCACAAUGGAGGUAGGAGAUAUUGUACUUGCACGCAAAGCGUUUGUUGGAAGACGAAGCCCAUGGGCGAGGCGACUGCUAGGACUCCUAGCUCCUCCUAUGAAACUUGACGCUUAA